UAUUCUUAAACGAUUCAGUCACUUUUCAUUUUCUAGACUAUCUAAUGUGUGUCCUUAGCUACACCCCUCACACUCAUUAAGCAGUGACCCGUCCCAACCCUAAAUAACUUCCAUUCUGGUGCAACUGAGCCCCAGCAUACCAUCCGCACAGCACAUGCUGUUAGAACGCAGCAAGUCUAUGAGGGGAAGGAGGAUGUGGGUUAACAUUUGAGAGCUCAUGUGCAGUCCAGUCACAGAAAGGUCAUAUUUCGUUUUUGAAUGAUGACUUUUCUUUGGAUUAAAAUGAACAACAGGAACACAGAAGAACUUUUUCUACAAGUGACCUGCAAACGUCUGACUUUUGACAAUGGAAGUGUGAUCUCUUGGCGGAAGAGGAGUGGAUUCAUUUUUUCAUUGUACAUGCACUGAUCACAAGGCCUAAAGAAGUGUGGAAACCCUUCGUUAUGACAAUGCACUCUGGGAGAUUUACCUUUGAGACAACAAGAAAGGUAAAGAAUUUGAAUUUAUAACGAAUGUUUUAAACUGGAUGAAAAUUCAAAGCGCAGGUGGCCUCCAGAUUUUUUAAAGAACAUUGAAAAGAGACUACAUCACCAGUUGGAAUUUUGAUUCAGUUCAACCACUUAGUGAUGGAUUCACCAGGUGGCCCAUAUCUGAACAUGAAGGCACUCCUCUCACCUCUGGGCGCUGCCCGCUUUUGCCAGCUAGCAAUGGGUUGUUCCGUCAUCGCCAUGGUGAUCCACAGUGCGGGCUAUAGCGGUUCGCAUGGGAUCUUCUGCAUGGCCGUGUGGUGCUUCUGCUUUGCCAUGUCGGUGGUGGUCUUCUUCUUGGAUGCCACUCGUCUCUAUAGCUGCCUGCCCAUAUCCUGGGACAACCUCACCGUCACGUGUGCUGCCUUUGCCACGCUUGUGUAUGUGACAGCCUCCGUGGUCUACCCACUCUUCUUCGUCCGAGCAGAGUGUCCCUACGCCGGCUGUGACGUCCGAAAUUUUCGCAUCGCUGUCACCGUUUGCUCCAUCCUGGGGACUCUGGCCUACGGGGCCGAAGUGGCCCUGUGCCGAGCCAGACCGGGCCAAGCCGUAGUGGGCUACAUGGCCACGGUCUCCGGUCUUCUCAAAGUGGUCCAAGGCUUUGUGGCCUGCAUUAUCUUUGGCGCUCUGGCAAACGGGAGCCAGUAUACCCUCUACGCUGCCACCAUCUACUGCGUGGUAGUCUACGGUUUCUGCUUUACUCUGACUGCACUGGUGGUCAUUAUGACUGUGUGCGGGCGCACCAAGACCGUGCGCUGCAUGCCCUUUGAUCGCUUUGUGGUGGUGUGUACACUGCUGGAGGUGCUGCUCUACCUGAGCGCUUCAGUGGUGUGGCCUGUGUUCUGCUUUGACACCAAAUACGGAUCACCUUGGCGACCGUACUCGUGUCCUCAAGGGAAGUGUCCGUGGGACAGCAAAGUCGUGGUGGCAGUUUUCUCCUUUGUCAACUUUGUGCUUUAUAUGGCGGACCUUAUCUACUCCCAAAGGAUACGAUUUGUCUCUUCUCAUCUGUCUAACACCCCACGGCGGCCGUAACACUAGUAUGUUCAUGGAUGACAAAAGGGAUUUAGAACAUACUUGCAGUAGGUGUGGGGCUGUUUUGUAUCUUUUUAAGAAACCAAAGGGAGAAAGUUCCUGUUUUUAAAAGACAGUUAACUUCAAUUUGAAUGCGCUCCAGAAUGUGAACUGGGAAUGUAACCAAAACAUCUGCUCUAACACUCCCCGAUAAAGAUGCAGCUCGAUCCUUUGACCCUCUUAUGGGAUUAGUGCGACUAGACAGCCUCACCAAAGCGGCCAGUUGCUAUGUGCUGUCACCUCAGCAUUAAACUGGUGACUGCUGUGU